AUGAUCGAACGAAAAGCAAAGCUGUUCUGGUCGAGUGAUGUGUCCAUUGCGAUGGAUGGAGAUGCGGACAAUUCGUCCGCCCUGGACAGCACAUUUUUUGCCGAGAUCAACGAAAUCAGGAAUGUGUUAGCAAAAUUGUCGGACGAUGUAGCUAGCAUGAAAAUUCGGCAACACUCUUUACUCGCUCAAACUAUUGUAGAAGAGAAGGAGAAGGACAAAUUGGACGAAUGUAUUUCCGGAAUAAAGCACCGCGCAGGCUUGCUUCGAAGGCAUCUGGUAGCGAUGAAAACGAACGUGGAAAUGAUGGGAGGAGACAAAAACAGUAGUGCUGUUAGGCGGAUUAGACGGAACCACAUCGAAGCUCUAAUGAAGAAGCUCGCCGAUUUGCUGGAGAUGUUCAAUGCUGCUCAAAUUGAUUACAGAGCACAAGUUUCUAAACGGAUCAAGCGUCAGCUGGAUAUCGCCGGUGAGCAUCUGACUGAAGAUGAAGUUAAUGCAAUGGUGGAUUCGAAGUCACCGCAGAUCUUCAACAGGAGUGUUCGUUCAACAGCAGUUAGAUCAGCUCUGGAUGACGCUACUUCGAGGCAUAACGAAAUCUUGAAUUUGGAAGCAAGUAUUCAAGAACUCAAUGACCUGUACAGCGACCUAGCUUUUCUCAUACACGUUCAGGUAAUCUAG